AACUUGGUUCCGUUCGUUCAAACGAGUUGGGCUUUAUACAUCGUAAAUGCACAUAUCCCGGUAGCCUGUAUGAGAUGUCGACAGCAAGAAGAAUCGUGAAACCGAAGAUUAAAGCUCCCAAAAAGCAUGGUCCGAAUAUCUCGAUCGAUGAUACCUGGUCGAAGCUCUCUGUCAACAUUGCAGAGAUAUUGAACCAUAGAGCGGAGCAUCUCUCCUUUGAAGAGAAUCACCGUUAUGCCUACAACAUGGUACUGUGGAAGGCUGGAGAGACACUCUAUAAGGGUACCUGCAAGUUGCUCGCGGAGAACCUGGACAAGCUGGCCGAACAGGACAUCAAAUCGGUGUUUCCCAGCGGGUCAAUCGACGAUCCCAUUCAACGGAGUCAAGAAGGAGAAACUUUGUUGAAGGCGGUGAGGAAAGUGUGGGACGAUCAUACCACCGCCUUGUCGCGGUUACGUGACGUCCUCAGAUACAUGGACCGUGUUUACACUAAGCAAGCUGGUGUACCGGAGAUAUGGGAUGCAGGACUAUUGAUCUUCCUGGAACAUAUCAUUCGUCCGCCAUUUCAAGACCAUAUCAUUGCGGCGAUCCUCACUCAAAUUCAAACGGAGAGGGAUGGCUAUGUUAUCAAUCGCUCCGCCGUUAAAGGAUGUGUGGACGUCUUACUGACCCUCAAAGAACGCGACAGUUCCGUUACCAUCUACAAGCGAGAUCUUGAACCUGCGAUACUGCAAGAAAGCGAACUCUUCUAUAAGACGGAAGGAGAAAAGCUCCUGGAGAUCUCUGCGGCGCCUGAGUAUUUACAAAGGGUUGAAUCAAGAUUUGACUCAGAAGAAUCAAGGACACACCAUUAUCUUUCAUCGCAAACAAGUGCGCCACUCCGGCGGAUUUUGGAGAACUAUCUUCUGUCACCGCAUCUUUACGCAAUCCUUCACAAGCUGCACUCUGGCCUCGACUUCAUGAUAGACGGCGACAAGUUGGAGGACCUUUUAAGGCUCUAUCGCCUGUUCGUUAUGGUUCCAGAAGGCCUUCCAUCGUUAAAGAAGGCCUUGAGAGAAUCUGUAAUCCGUCGAGGGAAGGACAUCAAUGCAGCUGGUGUCACUAUCGAAAACAUGACCCAGGCUGCGGAUGAUGAAGGAGGUAAGAAUAAGGGAAAGGGGAAGGGUCGUCCUCCGACUUCCGCAGUACAGACACUUCAGCUGGCCCUCAAGUGGGUACAGGAUGUCCUGGAUCUCAAGGAUAGGUUCGAUUCGAUAUGGGCGAAGUCAUUCAAGAGUGAUCGCGAUGUAGAAGCUACUCUAAACGAGGCCUUCGAGACAUUCAUCAAUCUCAAUGGACGCUCGCCGGAAUUCAUCUCGCUAUUCAUUGAUGAUCAUCUGAAGAAGGGCAUGAAGGGGAAAUCCGAGAAUGAAGUUGACGCAGUUCUGGACAAGACUAUCACCGUCUUUCGAUUCAUCUCUGACAAAGACAUAUUUGAAACGCAUUACAAGAAGCAUCUUGCAAAACGUUUACUGCAGGGUCGAUCUAUCUCGGAUGACGCUGAACGUGGCAUGCUGGCGAAACUUAAGGUUGAAUGUGGGACGCAGUUCACCCAGAGGAUGGAGGGUAUGUUCCAUGAUAUGAGGAUAUCGGCGGACACCAUGAAGGCGUACCACAAGCACCUUGCUCAGACCACGGCGCCGGAUGUGGAACUGUCCGUUAUCAUUCAAACGUCGACAUUUUGGCCGACGUCAGGUAGCCAGACAACUUGCGCAUUUCCGGAACUUCUCGCAAAAGCUACCAAGUCCUUUGAGCAAUUCUACCUUUCAAGACACACGGGUAGACGUUUGACUUGGCAAAAAUGGCUUGGUAAUGCCGACGUCCGUGCGACCUUCAAGUCCGGAAAGACCCAUGAGUUAAAUGUUUCCACUCUUGCCAUGGUCAUACUUUUACUCUUCGAGGACUUGGAUGACUCCGACUUUCUGACCUAUGAGGAUAUCAAAUCCGCAACGUCCAUAUCCGACGUGGAGUUGCAACGGCAGCUCCAAUCACUUGCCUGUGCGAAGUUCAAGAUUUUGAAGAAGCACCCCCCGGGACGUGAAGUGUCUAUGAAUGAUUCCUUCUCCUUCAACGCCGACUUUUCCGCGCCCCUCUUCAAGAUCAAAAUUGGUACAAUUGCUUCCAAGGUUGAGAAUGCCGACGAACGUAAGGAGACCAAAAACCGGGUUGAUGAAGAACGCCGAUAUCAGAUGGAGGCAUGCAUUGUGAGAAUUAUGAAAGACCGCAAGCAUAUGCCACACAACGAUCUUGUGAACGAAGUCACACGUCAGCUAACAAGCCGCUUUCUGCCCAAUCCUUUGGAUAUCAAGAAGCGCAUAGAAGGAUUGAUUGAGCGCGAGUACUUGGAGCGGUGUGAGGAUCGCAAGUCAUACAAUUAUGUGGCGUAAUAACUUCAAUGAUUCACUGCUAGGGACCAUCUGUCACCCAUUGUAUUCUACAUUUCAUUCUUGUCAGCUUAUUUUUUGCAAAGUCAUCUCACGGAGGGCCAAAAACCGGAAUCUAUAUAUCAGUUAUCACUGAAUACCUACAAGGAGAUGAUUGUCACAAGGACGUAAUUAACGUCGUGGAAAACGCGCUGCUUUGCCCACAUCAAAUUUGUAACCUUAUGGGCAAGAGAUGAGCCAUCUAUCGCCCAAGGAUACACGCGGACCUCCGAGGCACCUUUCGAACAGGUUCAGAUGUACAUUUGCAUUGCUUACCGACAUGCGUUGGUGCCGGUGAGUGCGCAAGUAUCUAGAGAACAGCGAGCAAAUCCAAUGGUAUUAUGCCA